UCUCCCCGUCUUUCCCUCCCCCUCUCCCCCUCUCUAUAUAUUCUCUCUCGUUAUCCAUUUCCUUGUCCACCAUCAUCUCUCAUGGAAACCCACUCUCUCCUCUCUUCCUCCUCUGAAUCCCCUGUUCAGCAUUUCGGCUGCAGACACUACAGAAGGAGCUGCAGGAUCAGAGCACCCUGCUGCAAUGAAAUUUUUGGCUGUCGCCAUUGUCAUAAUGAAGCUAAGAACUCCGACGAAGUCGAUCCCAUCCAUCGUCACGAUGUUCCCCGCCACGAUAUUACAAAGGUUAUCUGUUCUUCAUGCAAUACAGAACAAGAUGUUCAACAGUGUUGCAUUAACUGUGGAAUGUGCAUGGGGAAGUACUUCUGCGCUACUUGCAAAUUCUUCGAUGAUGAUAUUUCGAAGAAGCAAUACCACUGUGAUGAAUGUGGCAUCUGCAGAACUGGAGGCAAGGACAACUUUUUCCACUGUAUGAGAUGUGGCUGUUGCUACUCUAAUGUGAUGAAAGAAGGACACCGAUGUGUCGAACGCGCAAUGCAUCACAAUUGUCCCGUUUGUAUUGAGUAUCUAUUUGAUACCUUGCGAGACAUUACCGUCUUGCCUUGCGGCCAUACCAUACAUUUGGAGUGUGUUAGAGAGAUGGAGAAACAUUGCAGGUAUUCAUGCCCUGUUUGCUCAAAAUCCAUAUGCGACAUGUCAAGUCUUUGGAAGAAGCUUGACCAAGUGAUUGCUUCAACACCAAUGCCUGAAGCUUACAAAGACAAGAUGGUGUGGAUACUAUGCAAUGAUUGUGGAGUGAACUCUCAAGUGCAAUUCCACGUUGUUGCUCACAAGUGUUGGAAAUGCAACUCUUACAACACAAGACGGAGACAAGGAAGCCCUAGCCCUGCGUGCACUUCUUCAGUGACCGAGAUGGUGAGAUGAAGCUAUUGAAGUGGGGAGAAACAAGGGAGGUCUUGUGAAAAUCCUUAGCUCGAGUUUUCUUGAUUCUUGUUCGAGUUUAUUUUGAUACAUAUUGAAAAACAGGGUAGUAAACUUGCCUGGGAAAGUAUGCAAGUAGGGAAGUUCUGUGCAUAAAAGCAGUGACGGAGCCAAGAUCCUGGGUUAGGGGGGUAAUGAUGGAGUUAAGAUUUUUAAUAAAAAGAAGACAUUUCUGUCUCUUUUAAAUCAA